GUGGAACACGGCCCCACAGAGGAGACGGCAGGGGGAGACCGGACAGCACACCGAAACCUCCACCCGAGCCCUGCAGCGCCGGCUGUAGCAGGAAUCACAGUGGACAGUCAGCGCUCUCGAGCCUCCCGGGUGCGACAGCACGUCCACUGUGAUUCCUGCUACAGCCGGCGCUGCAGGGCUCGGGUGGAGGUUUCGGUGUGCUGUCCGGUCUCCCCCUGCCGUCUCCUCUGUGGGGCCGUGUUCCACCUGUGCAAAGAGGAGGAUCACCUGCUGCUCUGCCCCAACGUGAGGGUACCCUGCCUCAACGCUGGGUACGGCUGCCCGCUUCAGAUGACCCGUUCCUCUAGAGCCGCUCACCUCCAGGUGUGUCCGGCCAGUUUGGUGUGCUGUUCCAUGGAGUGGCUCCGCUGGCCGACCGAUGACACAAAUCCACAUGGCUUUAAAGCCCUGGAGGACAAAGUCUUGAAGGACAGUGAGGAGCAAGAGGGUGCUCUCGAUGUUGCCGUGGCCAUGGUUGAUCAGUCGGACUUGUACAGCCGCCUCACAAUGAAGCCCCUCUAUCCAGAGCUGGUGGAGGAAGAUGAGGAAGAAUUAAAAGAUGAGGCAAAAGAGGAGACAGCUGUCGGAGGGUUUGUUGGUGGGGCUCCACACAAAGACUCCAAUGAAGGUCCCUCUGAGAAUGAUACCUGCGGAAGUAAUGUUGGAGAAGAAGUGUUGCAGAACGGCGUGGGACAGAGAUCUUGCGUCAACAAAGACAAAUACAACCUGUCUGAGAUGAUGUUCAGCAUGGAGAGAGGCGGAUGUGCGGUUGCUCAAGAAAAACUUAACAAUCCAAAGCAAAACCAAAAAGCUGGGGACAAGGCAAAUACCCAGGAUGGGAGUGAUUUGACUGAGAAGGAGGACAAAGAGAAAGAAAGCUUAGAGGCUGAACCUGACAUAAGUAAGACCGGGCAGGCGCCGUGGCAAAAGGGGGUCCUGGAGCGCCUGGGGCAGGAGCUCACUCCACAGGAAUACAACAUGUACGUGGUGCAUCACGGACGCAUGCUGCUCACCUUUGGGCAAAUUCAGGCAUGUACCCCGAGGGACAAGGAUUUCGUCUACGGCAGCCUGGAGCCCAUCCCAGUUCAGACGCUGCGCUCCUUUAAGGUCCCUGAAAGUUAUCACUACAGGCGGAGAGUUCACCUGUGUGAAUUGGCAGCACGAGCCCUGAGUGAACACAAAGACGUGGACACAUCGGACCUUGGGGUGACUGAAGAUGACUGGUACCAGGAUGAAGCAGCAGCCACCCUGCUGGGCUACGCGGAAAAGGCGGUCAUGGGUCACAAGAUCAGUGACUCAAAGGGGGCCGAUGGGCUCUAUGUUGACUUAGGGACGCAGACGCAUUCUUUUCGCUCAGCUCCGUUCAAAACGAAGACGACGCUGGCGGAGGUGAUGGUGGACAGACCCCUGAAGCUUCAUUUGCAGCUGCAGGCGGAAAGCGUGAACAGCAGGAACAACAGGGCCAGCUGCGCCUUCUCCUUCAUCUGCAAUCACACCUUCCACCGCAGGGAGUUUGCCACACACUUCCGGAAUGUUCACAGUGAUAUCCAGACAGGUUUGAGCGGAUGGUUUGAGCAGAGGUGCCCUCUGGCAUAUCUGGGCUGCACCUACAGCCAGAGGAGGUUUCAUCCCUCAACACACAAGGCCACAGUCACCUACAAUCAACAGCUGAGGAGUUUCAAUUUGCGACCGGGUGUUCAACCUUUAACAACUACCAACUCCCCCAGCGGCGCAGUGGGCUCAUCCGCUGAUCAGGGGAUAGGCGGAGGUCCGGCGGACGGAGGGGGGGACUCUCUGAGCUCUCUGCCCUUCGAGGUGCUGUGCCACGUGGCCAGCUUCCUGGACAGCCUGUCCCUGUCCCAGCUGGCCCUGGCGUCCCGCCUCAUGAGGCAGGUGUGCUCCUCCCUGCUGCGGGAGAGAGGGAUGGUCACCCUGCGCUGGGAGAGGAAGACCUACUCACACGGGGGAGCCAAGUGGAAACCCAAGCCGGUGUGGGAGUUCAGUCGCCUGUUCACUCCAGUGGAUUCGUGGCACAUGGCGGACAUCCCCCCGAUAUCUGCUCAUUUAAAAGUCUGUCCUUUCUACCAGACCUCUGCGCACAGUGAGCCGGUUCCUCUUCCCAGCAUGAGCGAGAAACAGGAAGGAGGCCAGAGAAGUGUAACCCUCCUCAAUCAUUUAACAGGACACAGAUGCUAA